AGUGCCGCGCUGGGCUGCAUCAGCCAUGGCGGCCGAGCGGAAGACCAAGUUGUCCAAGAACCUGCUGCGCAUGAAGUUCAUGCAAAGGGGACUGGAUUCAGAAACCAAGAAACAACUGGAAGAGGAAGAAAAGAAAAUCAUUGGUGAAGAGCACUGGUACUUGGACUUGCCAGCCCUGACAGAGAAAGAGAGUUUCAUAAUAGAAGAGCAGAGUUUCUUGUUAUGUGAAGAUCUUCUCUAUGGAAGAAUGUCAUUCAGAGGAUUUAAUCCCGAGGUCGAGAAACUGAUGCUUCAGAUGAAUUCUAAGAACAAAGCAGAAGUUGUUGAAGAUGAAACAGAGGAGGCUGAUGUAUCAGAUGAAGAAAUGGCUAGAAGAUACGAGACCUUGGUGGGGACAAUUGGGAAAAAGUUUGCCAAGAAGAGAGACCGUGCCAAUUAUGAAGAAGAUGAAAAUGGAGAUGUAAAACCAAUUAAAACAAAGAAGAUGUUUUUGAAGCCCCAAGACUAAAACGGAUGCCUCAAGAGAUGGGUCAGGGACGGCUUGUGAAAGACAGCAGCGUAUUUCAGAACUCACGCUGAUGGUGUCUCCAUACCUGUAAUACUAUAAUGUCCAUUUGUAAAGGGGUGUAUCAUUUUGGAAGCAUGCUGUUUCUGAAACAGAUAUGUGAUGGAUGUUAUACAUCCUUUGUUAAUAGUAUUCAUUAAGAGUAUGUUUCUAGCCCUUGAUCUUCAAACAUACAUCGGCACAGGGUUGCUUCCUAAAGAUUCAUUGACUUCAGGUUUUUUUGUAGUUCUCCAGUCACUGACUUUGAAUGGACUCAUAGAAAUUAAUACCAGUUUUUAAACUUAUGUUUCACUUUGAAUUAUUAAUCAUGUGAGGCCAAUUAAUGCAUACUUUUUGAAAUCAAAUAUCAUAACAAUUCAUUCUAUGUAAAUUCAUCAAGAGCAAGCCUGCCUCUCCAGCCUGAAGCUUUUGCAUGCCAGCAGGUCAUUGUCAGUUCAUGGUAUUAUGGGAUUUUUGUUUAAAGCAUUUAAUUAAUAGA